UCGGCCCCGCCCCUGCCCCACGCCCCGAACGCGGGAUUAAAUCCCCCCAUAGUGCUGAGCUAACAUCUCCUUCCUACCACGCACAGCACCAUGCCUGCGGGUCGCCUCGGCUCGCUGGCCGCAGCCCUUCUCCUUGGGUUGCUGCUGCCCGGCCUCCUCCCGGCAACGGCUGAGUGGGGCGAGGAGAGGCCAGGCGUGCAGGAGAGCAAAGCCACCAGCCCAGACCCAAGGCCAGAGAAACCGGGCGUGUGCCCAGGGCUCCAAAUGGACCUGAACUGUACGGAGAAGGAAGGGUGCCUGUCGGACGGCGACUGCGAGGAGAACCUCAAAUGCUGCCAGAGCAGCUGCGGCGCCAUCUGCACCCUGCCCAACGAAAAGGUGGGUACUUGCCCCAGUGUGGACUUACCCUUGCUCGGCCUCUGCGAGAACCAGUGUGAAGAGGACAGCCAGUGCUCUGGCCUGAUGAAAUGCUGCCGCAAUGGCUGUGGAAUGGUAACCUGUACAAUACCCAAGCUCUGAGCUCCAACCAGCACCAGCCUGAGGAGCAGGGAAAGGAAGUUCUGCCUGGCCUCGCAUCUGACUCCAUUAUAGCCUCCCUCCUUUCUUUCUGGAUCCUGCAUUCUUUCCUGAGCUGAUCACAGCUUCUCCCUUUCCUAACCAAUAAAGUGACAGCUUUCAGCACUGA